AUGCUACGCGUCACUCCAAUCUACGGGAGCCGCUGGAGUCCGCAAGGUCAAGCCGAAGAGCCCUCCUGUACGUUGGUGGAAUACGGCGACUGUCGGGUACUCUGGAACGUGGGUUGGUGGCCUCGUCACGUACAUCCGCAUGCUUCCCCCAACGGCAGCAGCGGAAUUCGUAGUCACAGUGAUCAAUUCGCCUUUCCCACGCUGCCAGCACAUGAUUGUCUCGUACUCACGGACUCGACGCUACAAGCGUUGGGAGGGUUGCCCAUGUACUACAGACAGAUGAAAGACACCCAACCGGAUCUUCCUCUGCCUCCCAUCUACGCCACAUUUCCCACCGUCAAAAUGGGACAAAUGACCUUGUACGAUCAACACGCCGCUAUAUCCCUCGACGGCGGGCAACCGCCCUACACGCUACGCGAUCUCGACGAUGUCUUCGCUUCCGUGCACGCCAUCAAGUACUCUCAAGCAAUGCGUGUCUACCCACGCGACACGAACACGAAACACGCCUCUCUUUCCGUGACCGCACACCGGGCGGGACACGUGGUGGGGGGAGCCUUUUACGUUGUUCAAAGAUUACGUGAUGAGACCGUUGUGGUGCUUACCACACAGUAUCACGUCGCCAAAGAAUUGCAUCUCGACUCGAGUACCAUUCUCAAACACGCCACCACGCCUGACGUUCUCGUGACGCAUCCCGGGGGACCUGCUCUUCGUCUCGCUCGUUCCAACGUACAAAAUACCGUGACUCCACUCGUCCCUCCACAAAUGGUCACCCAAGUCGAACGCGUCCUGGUCGAAACAGUCCUCAGCGUCCUGCGUCGCGACGGCAACGUGCUUUUACCCUGCGACGUCUCGGGGCGUGUCCUGGAGGUACUACUUGCGUUACACAAUCACUGGGAUCGGCACCGUCUCGCUGCGUCGUAUCACUUGAUUUGGUGUGGACCCAUGGCACCGAACGUCCUCGACUUUGCCCGUUCCCAACUCGAAUGGAUGGGGACCAAACUCGGACACGUCUUUGAUGCACAAGCCGGACCGCACCCCUUGACGCUGCCGCAUGUUCACGUCUGUACCAAUACACGGGAAUUAGAAAAAUUCCUGGCCGAGAACCCCAAUCCUGCCUGCGUUGUUGCCUCGGGUUUGAGUUUGGAAGGCGGGCCGGCACGGGAUUUACUACUGUCUUGGGCCGACAACGUCGACAACGCUAUUCUCUUUACAGACGCCUCGCAAGCCUAUUUGCGACAACACACGCACUCUAAAACGGAAAUGCAAGCGAAUCCUACUGCGAUUGCGUCCACGCCAGACGAAGACCAAAUAAUGGCGGACGCAAUGGUCGAGUUCCCGAUCGAUGCAUCCAGUGUUGCCGUGUCGACGACUAAGUACGGCACCAACCAGGCAGACGUAACGGCGCUGACAGCCGUUGCUCCUCUUGCAGGAUCGACUACUAUUGUACCCGUGGAAGAUGAAACUACCGAAGAUGUUGACGCUGGUUUGGUGGGAACCGCCGUGACGGAACCCUCAUCAUGGACGACAGCCGGGCAACUGUUGCGGGCCUGGUUCGAAGCUAAAUCACAGGGACGCGAAAUGGAUGAUGUCGUGCAGGUUGAUGUCUGGGUCCCGCACAAGAGCGUCCUGACUGGACCAGAGCUGGCAGCCUUUUUGGCACAAGAAGAAGCAUCCCGUCGCCGGCAGGCUCUGGAAGAGGAACAACAAGCCAUGUUGCGGGAAGUCGAAUUGGCCAAAGGUCAAUUGCGGUUGGGCGAGGAUGAAGCCACCAGUGGUGGCGCGGGGCUUGCAAGCAGUAUCAAAGCAAUGGCACCGAUGCGCAUGGCGGCACCACGACCUCGCAAAAAAUCGAGGUUCGAUUCGUCUCUCUUUCUAAAGUUUUCCAAGCCGUUACAUUUAACGUUCGAAGUCCGUGAAGAAGCGGUGGGUAUUGGACAGGUCGAUUCAACCUCGAAGUAUGGAAUUGGAGAAUCAGUAGGUCGUUCCGGAGACAUUUUGGAAGACGACUACGGAAUAGCCGUCAUCCCAGAACGUUUCACAGAUAUUGUAUCCGGUGUCGACCCUUCCAAGUUCGCCACCGGAAGCGGACGUAUCGGGGACGAGGUGCUGAGGCGUGGUUUCGGCUAUGGCGUAGAUGGUCAACCAGGCGGUCAGGCCAAACGAUCCAAGUUGUCGGCUUUGUCUUCCGUGGCGGCACGAGUAUCGGAAGAUGAGGAUCAAGACGAUGGCGAUGAUAUGGACGAGCAGGCGAUGGAGGCUGUCGACUUGUCUGAAGGGCACGGUAUUGUCCGGGGACGGAAUGGGCGGCCACCGACCAAAAUUACGACAGUGGCUCGAAAAGUGGAAGUAUUGGCAGAGAUCAACUACAUUCCUCUGGAAGGACGAGUUGAAGCACGUGCGGCGCGACAGUCCGUGCGAGCCUUGCAGCCGAGGGAAGUCAUUGUACUAGGCGGGGCUUCACAAGGAAGCGGCGACAAUCCGGAAAAUUUGACUGACGAAGUAACAGUCUUGGCCAAAGCAACCAAAGCUUUUACGCAAGGUAUGCAUGACGUGCGGAUGCCAUCAGAUGGAGAGGUGAUAGAACUUAAGGUGGGACACGCUGCCUAUGCCGUACGACUCAUCGACACACCAUACCAUCCAUUAAAGGAGCGUGAGGCGGCAGAUUUAUCGCAUGAACCAAUCGAAUCCUUUGAGGCCAAAGUUGGUCAAAAGGUUGCAGCCGAUGGAAGUAUCGUUCUAGCACCAAAAGACUCUGGUGCCAACGAUGAUCCAUCUAUUUACUUAAGUGACGGAGACGUUUUGUUGACGGAUCUUCGAGCUGAGUUGAUCGCUAAGGGCAUGAAAGCGGAAUACAGCACGAAAGCUGGGGUUGCUCAAUUAGUAGUAAACGGAAAGGUUCUUGUCCAGAAAGCGCAAGACUCGGGGCAACUGGAAGUAGAAGGACCUCUCUGCGAAGACUUUUAUUUGGUGCGGGGUGUUGUCUGUGGUCAGUUCACGGUUGUAUAG